AUGUCGGUCGCUUCCGAAACCUCCUUCUCCAAAACCUCCACCACGAAAUCACAAGCCGUGCCAACUUACACCAAACAGGCCACGGAGAACCGCAAUGUUGCGCGCUACGAGACGACAGCCGUCUACACACACCCCGACGCCGAGGUCGACAUCGUCCUUGUCCACGGCCUCAACGGCCGGCCCGACCUGACGUGGACGGCCGCCAACGGCACGUUUUGGCCGACCGACCUGCUCCCCGCCGCGCUCCGCGGGGUGCCCGCCAACGUGCUCGUCUACGGCUACAACGCCGACGUCUACUCGCGGCACCACGACCGCAGCGCCAGCGACAACUUCAUCCACCAGCACGCGCAGACGCUCGUGACGAACCUCGCGCUGUUCCGCCGUGGCGAGGGUCGCGCCCGCAACCCGCUCGUCUGGGUCGCGCAUAGCCUUGGCGGCGUGCUCGUCAAGCGCGCGCUGCUGUACGCGCACGACGUGCGCGAUGCGCACCACGACGACUACCGCGCCGUCUACGUGUCUACGUACGGCAUCGUCUUCCUCGGCACGCCGCACACGGGCGCCGGCGCGGCCACGUGGGGCUGUGCGCUGCAGGCCAUGUCGGACGCGGUCCUGCCGCGCAAGCUGUUCGAGUCCGAGUCGGUGCUGCUCAAGACACUCAAGAAGGACAAUGAGACACUCGCAAACAUCAACAGCCACUUCCUCGACAUUUACCAGCGCUUCCGCAUCCACAUGGUGCACGAGAACCACAAGACGGACCUCAAGGGCACGAAAAUGCUCAUCGUCGAUGCCGGCUCCGCCAGCCCCCCGCUCCCCGGCGUCACCUACUAUGGCGUCGAGGCCACGCACUCGCGCAUGUGCAAGUUUGACGCGCCCACCGCACCCGGCUUUCGCGCCCUCUCUACCGACGUCCGGCAGUGGGUGCUCGACGCGCCUGCCCUCAUCCGCCAGCGCUGGGCCGCCGAGGAUGCCGAGCGCGCGGCCCGUCUGCACUGCGACAUUUCUGAGCGCAUGGCCACGCCUCCCCCGGCCGCGUUUGCAAGUUACGGCAUGGACGAGGUCGUGCCGUCGUCGGUGGCCGCCAGCCCCGCGCCCCCGUACUCGGCCUUGACCGCCCCGCCACCGGCCUAUGAGCAGUUCGCCGCGACGCAGCCGCCGCCGCGGUAUACUCCGGCCGCCCCGGCUCCCGCUGCUACUACUGCCGUCCCAACGUCCACGGGUGCUUGCCACUGCUGUUGCCGCGGACUGUCCUUGUCGACCGCGGCGUCGCAAAAGGAGCAGGUCGCCGCUGUUGUGCGCGGCAUCACCGCGGCCGCUUCGCUCGCGUGUGACGCCGCCGAGGCUGUCGUCGGUGGUCUCGCGGACCUCGCAUCCACCGUACGGGGAGCGUGCCGCGCCGCGCCGGGGAGCGAGCGACAGGGAGACACGCUUUUCCCGCAGCCAAAGGCGCUGUGCAGCCACGACGAUGCGUCGAAACGGCCUUGCUCCAUCCCAUUUUCUGCCGCGCACGUCAAACACUCACCCUCGCUUAGAAAUGCCCUGGAUACUGGUCAAGCGGCGCACCGUGUUCUGAGAGCGGCUGUUGAGAAGGUCGGGACAAAUAGAAAGGAGCUGCAAGGCGUCAUUGUGCCGCGCUCGCACGACGGGGGCCGUGAACAGGCCCGGUACAAUCAGCUGAGGGAUCGUUCAAUCGCUACUUGUUUGCCAACAUCAGCUAUGGCAUAUUUUACGACGCAUACAUGGACAACGGCAACAAAAGCGACAGACGCUCUCCUCGAUGACUUCAUCGCCGGCCUGAACCGGUUCUCCAUCGACGACCCCGGCGAGGUGAUAAGGGCAUCUCCCAUGGGGGCCACCGGCGAUGAACCGCAGCAAGCCCACGCCCGAGAGCAAUGGCAUCUCCGAGGUCAAAAAACCCCCAAAGUCCAGAGGAGCCAAAAAGAGCCCGAUUAA